AAAUCAAUGUAAGCAGUGAAAGAAAGGACAGGGCGAUGUGUUCUUUGUUUGUUCUCACUCUUCCUUCUGGGUUUGGCUGCUGUAUCUUGAGAUUCUAUUCUCUCUCUCUCUCUCUCCCUAGGUAAGAAAGUAAACAAAGAAAGAUGCUAGAAAACCUUCAGCCACCGGAUUCUGCUGCUGCUGCUGCUGCUGCCACUGUGGUCAAGCGCUAUGCUCCACCCAAUCAGAGGAACCGUUCUACCAACAACAGGCGCAAAUCAUCUUCAUCUGAUCGGCUUGAUCGAACAAACAGUGCUGGUAGUGAUUUAGAAAAGAAUCAACUUGCUUUUUCAAGAAACAUUCAAGUUCCAGAUCGUGGAGAUGCUAGCAGCAGUUAUAUUCUCAAUGAGAACCAUUAUUCAAGAUUAAUUGCUUUAGAAGGUUGUAGUACCAGUGCAGCUUCCCAGCUUCUCAGUCAUCGCUGGACAGCUGCAAUACAAUCCUACAAUAAUCCCAAAGAUUCAUCUGAAAAACCAGUUAUGUAUUCUGGUGGGACAUCAGUUUGGACUCAGUUCAGACUCCCUCAUCAGAUCAUGUCACCGGCUACGAGUGUUUCCUCUUCUGUGUCACAGCUGGACUUCCUGGGAGAACUUCGUCGACAGAUGCACAGUGGCAAUCCUAGUUUCAGCACAUGAUGGAUGACAUGAAUUUUAUAAUGAAGCUCUUGUCUGUUUGUGAUUUUAUAAUCAAGUUCUUUUCAAAGCCGAAUGCUUUAAGAAUACUUUACUUGACUACCUGUUUGUGAUUUUGCAAUGUUGGUAUGUCAAACUCGCUAUGCAAUAUAUGCAAGACAAAAUCAACAUAUGUGCGAUGCCUGUGCAGGUGUUAAUUGGGAUGUCUUACAUUUAGGAUUCAUAUUCAAGGACAUCUUACUCUAUAUGACUAUACUUGUUGAGUACUACUACUACUAGUGCUUGUUUUCAUAAUUUUAA